AUGUUUGGAAUAUUUGCGGACUUCUUGUCCUCCGUCAUCACCAUCCUCUUCCCCGUCUUCGCAUCGUACAAGGCCCUCCGCUCCUCCGAUCCUUCACAACUGGCCCCAUGGCUGAUGUACUGGGUAAUACUAUCCGUGAUUCUGCUGGCAGAGUCAUGGACAGUCUUCAUUAUCGGAUGGUUCCCGUUCUACAGCUGGAUCCGUCUAUUCUUCAUGUGCUAUCUGGUUCUACCCCAGACCCAAGGCGCCCGACUCCUAUACCAAGAUUACGUUGAUCCAUUCCUGGCCCACCAUGAACACGAAAUCGAAGAAAUGAUCGGUCGCUCUCACGAACGCGCAAAAGCACUCGGUCUCCAAUACUUCUACCAAGCCCCCUCGGCCUCCCCCCACAACAAGUUGCACCCUCUCCCCCCCGCCGGACCAGCCGGUUACGCCCAGAGUCUACUGUCACGAUUCAAUAUCCCCACCGCCGCGGCCGCUUCAACCAGUACAGGCGAUUGGUAUUCUGCUCUGAGCUCCGCGUUUGGUGCGGUUAGCUCUGCUGGGCGGUCUCCAGAGGCUCACGAGGAAGGAAUGUCAGCUAGUAGUACACUGCUUCAACGACAGAUUCAAUCGAUGACUGGUCUUGAUAAGGCGAGAUAUAUUUCUCAGCAGCGCGAACUGCUUGAUCGGCUCCGGUCGGAUCUGACUAAUGAGGAGUCCAAGAUUGGUCGUGAUGAGCCGGAGAAUGAUGAUUUAGCGUAUGGGGCGCCGUUGAGGAAGAAUAAGAGUGAUAACUCGUUUGAUGUGGUGGAUGAUGAGGAUUUGGGAUCUAGGGCUACUCGCCGGACUAGUGGGAAGUGGACUUCUGGGUGGUUAGGUACAGAUCAGGAUUCUUCUGGAUCUUCGGACUAUGCAUCUCGGACUACUGGGUAUGAUCGAUACAAUUGA